CAACUACAGAAAGAAACUCCGCCUAGAGAGGGUGGGGGUAGAGAGGGAUUUAAACAAUGAAAAGAAAGAAAAACGGAGAGGCCUAAACAUUUUACGGAGAGGCCUAAACAUUUGUUUGCCGAAGAACAGCGAGCAAUAGGGAAGAGUUGGAAGUAAAGUCACUCCUAUCCAAUAAAGCGAGACUCCUUCACUUCUCCCGAAUGACAGGCCAGCGCCACCUCAGAAGCUGGGGAAGUGUUGACGUUUCGCUGACGACGUGCAGCUGAGAGAGGAGUGAGCAGCCGUAGUCCUGUCUUAUUGUAGCUGCUGAUGCCGGGUGACUAUCACUCAGGUGGUUUAAACUUGCCGUGGCUGGGCUGGCUGUCCUCACAGCUGUGAGGCGGGAGGACCACACAGCGCACAAUGAGCAUCGGUCUGUGUGUGCCAGAGGCCCUGUGCCCAGAACGAAGGGGCAGUGCCUGCUGAGGGCAGGAAAAGCGCAGGGACGACGCUGCAGUCCAGGCGCAAGUUCCACCGCAAUGCCGGACCCCGCAGUCCCCACAGAUCCGUGCGUGAGGGGGAAGCAGGGCUGGGAGCCUCUGUGCUGAGAAACUCAGGGUCCUAAGGGAGAUGCUCCUGUCACUCAGACCGCAAUAGCCAAUCAGCGCCUCCAGUCAGAAAGGGGGGCACUUCCGGUCCGCCAUACUCAACGCUCGGCGAAGGGACCGAGGGAGGCUGAGAUAUUCUGGAGAGCCGCGCGGCGAGCCGCUGCCGGGAGCCGAGGAGAGCGGAGUCCGCGCCAUGGUGCCAUUUCUCUUGCAAUGCCAUAUGGAAUUCAGUGGGCCCAGAAAUUAGAGGAUGCAGUAUCCUAUGAGGAUGUACAUGUGAACUUCUCUCAGGAAGAAUGGGCUUUGCUGGAUCCUUCCCAGAAGAGUCUCUACAAAGAUGUGAUGCUGGAGACUUACUGGAACCUCACUGCUAUAAGCCACAAAUUGGAAGACUACAAUAUUGAAGAACAUUGUCAAAGUUCUAGAAGACUUGAAAGGUUUAACAGUCACUCCGGAUACAAGCCUUGUGAGGAUAAGGAGUAUGGAAAGAAGCAAAGUACCUUUGUAUGUAAAAGUUCUUUUCAGAUAUAUAAAAGAAUCCACACUGAAGAAAAACCCUAUGAAUGUAAUCAUUGUGGUAAAGCCUUUGCAAAUUUCCGUAGUCUUCGAAAACAUGAAAAUAAUCAUACUAGAGAAAAACCCUAUGAAUGUAAUCAAUGUGGUAAAGCCUUUCCAAGUUACAGUAAUCUUCAAAUACACACAAGAACUCACACAGGAGAGAAACCCUACCACUGCAGUGAAUGUGGUAAAGCCUUUGCACGUCACAGUAAUCUUGAUAUACACAAAAGAACCCAUACGGGAGAGAAACCCUAUGAUUGCAAUGAAUGUGGUAAAGCCUUUGCAUAUCUCAGUAAUCUUAAAACACAUGAGAGAAAACAUACUGGGGAGAAACCCUUUGAGUGUGCUCAGUGUGGUAAUGCCUAUGCAAGUCGUAGUAGUCUUCAAAAUCAUGAGAAAAAUCAUACUGGAGAAAAACUUUAUGGAUGUAAUCACUGUGAUAAAGCCUUUGUACAUCGCAGUAGUCUUGAAAUACAUGAAAGAACUCACACUGGAGAGAAACCUUUUGGAUGUAAUCAAUGUGAUAAAGCCUUUUCACGUCGCAAUCUUCUUCAAAUACAUGAAAGAAGUCAUAGUGGAGAGAAACCUUAUGAAUGUAGUCAGUGUGGUAAAGCAUUUGCGAGUAGUAGUAGUCUUCGAAAUCAUGAAAAACAUCAUACUGGGGAGAAACCCUAUGGAUGUAAUCAAUGCAGUAAAGCCUUUGAAUUAAAAUGUGAUCUUCAAAUACAUCAACGAAUUCAUACUGGGGAGAAACCCUAUGCAUGUAAUCAAUGUGGUAAAGCCUUUGCACGUCGUCGUUAUCUUCGAAAUCAUGAAAAACAUCAUUCUCUUGAGAAACUCUAUGAGUGUAAUCAAUGUGGUAAAGCCUUUGCAAUUCACAGUCAUCUUCAAAAACACAAAAUAACUCACACUGGAGAAAGACCAUAUGAAUGUACUCACUGUGGUAAAGCCUUUGCAUAUUGCAGUAAUCUUUAUAGACAUGAAAAAAUUCACAGUAAAGAAAAACUGUAUUAAUGUACUCACUGUGGUAAAGCCUUUGUAUAUUAUACUAGUCUUCAUAAUCAAAAAAUGAUGUACUGUUGAAAACCCUAUGUAUGUAAUUGAUACAGUAAAAUUUUGGCAUGGCGGUGUAAUAGUCAAACACAUCAAGAACUCGUAUGAGUGAGAAACCCUAUGAAUGUAAUCAAUAUGAUGAUGCCUCUGCAUGUUACAGUAUUCAAAGGCAGGAAAGAAUUUCUACUGGAGAGAAACACCAUAAAUCUAAUAAACUCAGUAAGGCCUUGCAUUCUAAGCACAUUUCUUUUCACUGAGCCAUCUCACUGUUGCUCAUGUAAGAUCAUUAGAACCAUUUCUUUAUUAAAAUAUUGUUUUCAAAGUGUAUGCAAAUUGUCAUCUUAAGGCUAGAGGGACACAGAAUAAUUUGUGUAAUAAAACCUAUUUGCAAAUGAAAA